AUGCCUCGACCAACAGAGCAUGAGUCCGAGCUGGCCUCCCUCGGAACUGACCAUGCCGAGCCAAAUGUAGUCAGCACCGCCUUUCCGGACGGCGGUCGCAAAGCAUGGGCCUGCCUGCUGGGAUCUUGUCUACUGAUGUUUCCCUCCUUUGGCUUUCAGACUGCUGUUGGCUCGGUUCAGGACUAUAUCAGCACCCAUCAACUGGCCGAAUACAGCGUCCGCGACGUGGGCUGGAUUACCGCAAUCCUGGUCUUUCUAACACUAUUUCUGGGAGUCCAAGUUGGUCCUCUGUUUGAUCGCUACGGUCCACGCACUUUGUUGAUCUGCGGUACAUCAACUAGCUUCAUUUCAUACAUGCUUCUUGCCGAAUGCACCAAGUACUGGCACUUUAUCGUCUGCCUAUCAAUUCUCGGGGGAAUCUCCGCAGCAGUCAUCACCACUGUCUCCAUCGCGGUCCUCAGCCACUGGUUUCAUCGGCGCCGCGCUCUGGCAUCAGGCCUCUGCAUGGCGGGAUCCUCUGCCGGCGGCGCCAUUAUCCCAGUGAUCCUAAAAGAAUUGUUUCCGCGCCAGGGCUGGAAAACAUCCAUUCGCGCAAUUGCAUUUCUUGCACUAGGCUGCUACGCAGCGGGCGUAAUUCUAGUCCAGGGCAGAGGACCGCAGCUGCCAUCAGCGGCCACGCCUGCUGCGCCCGUUCACGGGACACGGAGGGCAAAAGCCACGAUCGAUUUCAACGUCUUCCGCUCCCUCCGCCUCUGCCUGCUAACUGCCGCCGUCUUCUCGUUUGAAUUCAUAAUCUUCGGCUGCGCCGCCCUCCUCCCGACAUACGUCCGCUUCGCGGGCCUCUCAACCGACACGCAAUUCUACUCCUUAACCGUCCUAAACAGCAUGAGCCUCCUCGGCCGCGUCCUCCCGGGCAUGGUAGCCGACGAGAUCGGCCGCUUUAACAUCCUCCUCGUCCUCGUCACCGCGACCCUCGUGCUCAUGUCCGCCGUGUGGCUCCCCUUUGGCUCGCGCAGUGAGGGGACCCUCUACGCCGUUGUUGCUAUCUUUGGCUUCUUCUCCGGCGGCUGGCUAUCCCUUGCCCCCGUGUGCGCGGGCGAGCUGUGCCACACCGAGGAAUACGGGCGAUAUUACGGGACUAUCUACUUUGUUGCGGCGUUUGGCGUGCUCCUUACUGUGCCCGUUGGUGGGGAGCUACUACAGAUGACGACGCCGCAAGUGCUUAUUGGACUGUACUCCGCGGUCCUGCUGGGCGGGCUUGUUGCCUUGACGUGUGCGAGGUGGGCGGUCCUGGAGUGGAAUUGGAGGUGGAGGGUCAAGGUGUGA